CAUUCUUCUCGUAUCUAUCGCCGUCUUUCUCUUCUCCAAUUUCCUCUGUUUUACUAGAAAGAGGCGUCGGCACCAUUAAUGGCGCGUUCUCCCUCCAUCGACAAAAACAUUGGUCGCACUUCCCAAAGUUAGACAGCUGAGUUUUUUCUAAUUCUAAUGUAUGUGUCUGAGUUUUUAUGAAACAGCAGCAGCCAUCGUAUCAAUUGAAGCGUCCAUUUUCUUGUUUAAGUGAAUAUUUAUAUCUAUUUGAGAUCAAGAUUGUCUAUUUCAUCUGAAAACGCACCUUCUGUACGCUAAUGUCGGUAAGCUUAUUGCAUGGACUACAGAACUCUGUUUUCUCUGUUGAGAAGAUGCAUAGUUUCGAAAUCAAUAAAACCUGGAAAGAUUAUUCACCAGAAAAUAAUUACCUUAGGAUUGCAACAAAAUACAUCCCUUUGCAAAACCCUCAUUGAGUUCUACUUGUCUUUUCAGUUAUCUCAAUCUGCAAAGCUAGUCUUCCAAUCAAUUGAAACCCCACUAGAGAAUUCCUUCUGGAAUGGCAUUUUAGCAGCUUAUACAAAGAAUUACUUGUUCAAAGAGACUCUUGAAGUUUUCGAUAGAUUGUUAGUCAAUUCCUUUCUUAAACCUGAUCAUUACACUUAUCCAAGUGUUUUCCGAGCUUGCGCAGGAUUGAAUAGAGUUUUCUAUGGCCAAAAUGUUCAUGCCCAAACCAUUAAAAAUGGGUGUUUGUUAGAUGUUGUAGUUGCUAGUUCGAUGGCGCGAAUGUAUUUUAAAUGUGACAUGUUUGAUCAUGCAUUGCAAGUGUUUGAUGAAAUGACUGAUAGAGAUGCUGCGUGUUGGAACACUUUAAUGUCGUGUUAUUAUCAAAUGGGGCAAUGUGAAAAAGCUCUUGAAUUGUUUGAAGAAAUGAAACUUUCAGGAUUUAAGCCCAAUUCUGUGACAAUCACGACCGCCAUAUCUUGUUGUGCUCGGCUAAUGGAUUUGGAAAGGGGAAAGAAGAUCCAGGAAGAAUUCAUCAGGAAGGAAUUCCUUCAAGAUGAUUUUGUAAGCACUUCUCUGGUUAACAUGUAUGCUAAAUGUGGUUGUAUGGAAAUGGCAAAAGAAUUUUUCGAGCAAAUCUCAGACAAGACAUUGACAACCUGGAACUCUAUUAUUGGCGGUUUUAGCUUGAUGGGCGAUAGUUAUGCCUGCAUUGAGCUUUUUCGAAGAAUGGCUAUGGCUCGAGUUAGGCCUAGCUUAACUACUCUAACCAGCCUUCUAAUGGCUUCCUCUAGAUCGGCUAACCUCAUCCACGGCAAAUUGAUUCAUGGGUAUUUAAUACGAAAUAACAUAGAUCCAGAUAUCUUUAUUUAUAGCUCACUUCUAGAUUUUUACUUCAAAUGCGAUAAAGUUGCUUCUGCCGAAACUAUAUUUCAAAAAAUGCCAAGAUCAAAUGUUGUUGCUUGGAAUGUGAUGAUUUCAGGAUAUGUUUCAUCUGGAUCUUUCUUCGAAGCACUCGGUCUCUUCGCCGAGAUGAAAGAAGCUGGUAUCGAACCGGAUGACAUUACGUUUAUUACUUCUUUAACUGCCUGUUCACAACUUACUGCUUUAGAACAGGGAAAGGAGAUUCAUGGAGAUAUUAUCGAUAGGAAGCUUGAAAACAAUGAAAUAGUCAUGGGAGCUCUCCUGCAAAUGUACGCUAAAUGUGGGGCUGUCCUCGAAGCUUCCAAGAUUUUCAGUGAGUUACCUGAGAGAGAUCUCAUCUCGUGGACUUCGAUGAUCACUGCUUAUGGAAAUCAUGGGCAAGCUGUGGAUGCCUUGAAGCUGUUCGAAGAAAUGCUACAGUCGAAUAUGAAGCCUGAUAGGGUAACAUUUCUGGCUGUAAUUUCGGCUUGUAGUCAUGCAGGGCUUGUUGAUGAGGGGUUUAAGUUCUUCAACUGUAUGGUCUCCGAUUACGGAAUUGAACCGACUGUUGAAGAUUAUUCAUGCUUAAUAGACCUUUUGGGACGGGCUGGGAGAUUGAGGGAGGCUUAUGAUUUCAUUCAGAGAACUGGGGAGAACGUAAAGGAUAAUGUUGAGAUAUUGAGUACAAUUUUCUCUGCUUGUCAUUUACAAGGGGAAUUGGAAUUGGGAGAGGAAAUUGGGAAGGUGUUGAUGGAGAAGGAUCGGAAUAAUCCAGCAACUUAUGUUGCAUUGUCGAAAAUGUAUGCUUCCAUUGAUGAAUGGAAGAAUGCUCGAGCAGUGAGAGUGAAUAUGGAAGAGAAAGGAUUGAGGAAGAAGCCUGGUUGUAGCUGGAUUGAGGUUGAUAAAAGGAUGGAAACUUUUCUGGUGGAAGAUAAAAUGCAUCCACAGGCUGAGUUAAUAUAUGAUUGUCUUGGAACAUUAAGUCUUCAUGGAAAUGGAUGAAUUGGAUUCCUUUAGCUUCAGAAUUUGGAAAAUUGUUUUCGGGCAAAUGUGGAGAGACUUUCAGUCGACGGGCUGAAUUUUCUAAACAAAUGCAUCACAACUUGGACAUCCAAUUAGAUCGCGAUAUGGGUAACAGGU